UUUUGCAUAGAGAAAGAAAAAAGGAAAAAGAGAGAGAAAAAAAGGAAAGAGAGAAAGAGAGAGAAAAAAGAAGAAAACACAGAAACUCAUCGUGGUUCUUGACUGUUUUUUAUAUAUUAUUGUUGUUGUUAUUGUUGUUAUUAUUAUUAUUUACCCAUAUUGGAGGAUAGGAGAAGUCUGUAAGUGGGUUGCAAAAAAAAAAAAAGGAAUCUUCUUCACUCUAAAUCACUUUCUUUGCUGGACUGGGAUAUUAAAUAUACGACACAUCCAGGAGUUUAUUGGAGCGCAGACUGAUGGCGCAAAGGUACGAUGAGCUGCCCCACUACGGCGGGAUGGACGGAGUAGGGGUGCCGGCGUCCAUGUACGGGGACCCCCACGCCCCCCGGCCGAUCCCCCCGGUGCACCACCUCAACCAUGGGCCGCCGCUCCACGCCGGACAGCACUACGGCGCCCACGCCCCGCACCCCAAUGUCAUGCCGGCCAGCAUGGGCUCCGCUGUCAACGACGCCCUGAAGCGGGACAAGGAUGCGAUCUACGGGCACCCGUUGUUCCCCCUCUUAGCUCUGGUCUUUGAGAAGUGCGAGCUGGCGACCUGCACGCCCCGGGAGCCCGGCGUGGCCGGCGGGGACGUCUGCUCCUCCGACUCCUUCAACGAGGACAUCGCCGUCUUCGCCAAACAGGUCCGCGCUGAAAAACCACUUUUUUCCUCAAAUCCAGAGUUGGACAAUUUGAUGAUCCAAGCAAUACAAGUACUAAGGUUUCACCUUUUGGAAUUAGAAAAGGUUCAUGAAUUGUGCGAUAACUUCUGCCAUCGGUACAUUAGUUGUUUGAAAGGAAAAAUGCCAAUAGACCUCGUUAUUGAUGAAAGGGAUGGCAGCUCCAAAUCAGACCACGAAGAACUCUCAGGAUCUUCCACGAAUUUAGCCGAUCAUAAUCCUUCAUCUUGGAGAGACCACGAUGAUGCAACCUCAACGCACUCGGCAGGCACACCGGGGCCCUCCAGUGGGGGCCAUGCUUCCCAGAGCGGGGACAACAGCAGCGAGCAAGGAGAUGGUUUAGACAAUAGUGUAGCCUCACCUGGUACAGGGGAUGACGAUGACCCAGACAAGGACAAAAAACGUCAGAAGAAAAGAGGCAUUUUCCCCAAAGUAGCAACAAAUAUCAUGAGAGCGUGGCUUUUCCAGCAUCUCACACAUCCAUAUCCUUCAGAGGAGCAGAAGAAACAGUUAGCCCAAGACACAGGACUUACAAUUCUACAAGUAAACAACUGGUUUAUUAAUGCCAGAAGAAGAAUAGUACAGCCUAUGAUUGACCAGUCAAAUCGAGCAGGUUUUCUUCUUGAUCCUUCAGUGAGCCAAGGAGCAGCGUAUAGUCCAGAGGGUCAGCCGAUGGGAAGCUUUGUAUUGGAUGGUCAGCAGCACAUGGGAAUCCGGCCUGCAGGUUUGCAAGGCAUGCCAGGGGACUACGUAUCUCAGGGUGGUCCUAUGGGUAUGAGUAUGGCACAGCCAAGUUACACUCCUCCCCAGAUGACCCCACACCCUACUCAAUUAAGACAUGGACCCCCAAUCCAUUCAUAUUUGCCAAGUCACCCCCAUCACCCAGCCAUGAUGAUGCACGGAGGACCCCCUACCCACCCUGGAAUGACCAUGUCAGCACAGAGCCCCACAAUGUUAAAUUCUGUAGACCCCAGUGUUGGUGGACAGGUUAUGGACAUUCAUGCCCAAUAGUAUAAGGGAACUCAAGGGAAAAACAAAACAAACAAAAAAACAAAAACAAAAACUAUUUUAAGACUUUUGAACUUUGACCAGAUGUUGACACUUAAUACGAAAUUCCAGACAGCUGUGAUUAUUUUUUACUUUUUGUCAUUUUUCAUCAACAACAGAGGACCAACGAAACAAGAACACAAAUGUGAAAUCAUGGGCUCACUGAAAUGAAUAUGUCCAUGUACAGAUCCUCUGGAAAAAAAAAAAAGACUCCAAGAGUUAUAACUACUGUAGUAUAAACAUAGGAACUAAGUUAACUUGUACAUUUCUGUUGAUCACUCCGUUACGUUGCCUCAAAUAGUUUUAGAAGAAAAAAAAUCCUUGUUUUCCACACUAUGUGUGUUGUUCCCAAAAGAAUGACUGUUUUGGUUCAGCAGUGAAGUCACUAUCCAUGAAAGACCUGUUUUGGCCAGUGAGAAAAGAACUACCCUGGAGAUGAAGACGAAAAGUCUUGCUGGGUCUCUCAUCACUCAGAAGACUGUUCCAAGAAGGCCUUGCCAUUCCCUCGUUUUGUUCCUUCAUAAAAUGUGUCCUUUAGUUUCAAACAGAUCUUUAUAGUUUGUGCUUCAUUAAGUCUCUCCCCAUUCCUCCCCAAUCUAUUUUUUUUUUUUUUUGGACUCUUCUUCAAAGAGCUUGCAGGUGAAGAUUUAAAAGACAGAACAGACAGAGCAGGAGCUUCUUCCAGUAGUUCUGAGCCUUGGCUUUGGACAAAACAAAACUAAAAGUUGGGCAGCUUUCCUCAAUGAAAGAAGUUACUAACGGUCUUUGCACCAAACCUAGGACUUUAUCAUGAACUCAAAGCUUGGGAAAAAAGCGCAAGAGAAUACUGUAACAAACUUCGUACAGAGUUCGGUCUAUUAAUUGUUUCAUGUUAGAUAUUCUAUGUGUUUACCUCAAUUGAAAAAAAAAAAGAAUGUUUUUGCUAGUAUCAGAUCUGCUGUGGAAUUGGUAUUGUAUGUCCAUGAAUUCUUCCUUUCUCAGCACGUGUUCCUCACUAGAAGAAAAUGCUGUUACCUUUAAGCUUUGUCAAAAUUUACAUUAAAAUACUUGUAUGAGGACUGUGACGUUAUGUUUUAAAAGAAAAAAAAGGUGUUAAGUCACAAAAUGCGGUAAUAAAUAUUUCAUUUUUGAUUU